UAAUAAAAUUCGUAAGCAUUAUGCUUGAACAAGCUUUAGAUGAUAAUGUUUCGGAAAACGACGAAGAGGAAAGUUUCUUUCAAGAUGUUGAUAUUUUACAAAAACAUGGCAUAAACGUUGCGGACAUAAAAAAAUUAAAAGCUGCAGGAAUAUGUACCAUCAAAGGUAUCCAAAUGUCCACGAAGAAAAAAUUAAAUAAUAUUAAAGGUUUUUCUGAAACAAAAGUAGAAAAAAUAAAAGAGGCGUGUCAAAAAGUUGCUGCUUUAGGUUUCAUGACUGCUCUAGAAGUAAGUGACCGAAGAAAACAAGUAUUCAAAAUAAGUACUGGAAGCAACGAAUUAGAUAGACUACUAGCUGGUGGCAUCGAAUCAAUGGCGAUCACUGAAGUAUUUGGUGAAUUUCGGACAGGGAAAACCCAGAUUUCUCACACAUUGUGCGUUACUACACAAAUACCAAAUUCCUCCGGCUACCACGGAGGAAAAGUCAUGUUUCUCGAUACAGAACACACUUUCCGACCAGACAGAUUGAGACCGAUUGCCGACAGAUUUAACUUGGACCAGAAUGCUGUUUUGGAUAACGUACUCUACGCUAGAGCCUACACUUCUGAGCACCAGGCAGAACUUUUAGACUAUGUAGCAGCGAAGUUCCACGAAGAAGCAGGAGUGUUCAAACUGCUCAUCAUCGACUCCGUCAUGGCUCUCUUCAGGGUUGACUUCUCGGGCCGAGGUGAGCUCGCUGACAGACAGCAGAAGCUGGCUCAAGUUCUGUCUAGGCUGCAGAAGAUCUCUGAAGAAUACAACGUUGCUGUGUUCAUAACAAAUCAAAUGACGGCUGAUCCUGGAGCGACUCUGACCUUUCAAGCUGACCCAAAAAAACCCAUUGGCGGAAAUAUACUUGCGCAUGCUUCGACAACCAGAAUAGCUUUGAGGAAAGGGCGUGGAGAGAACCGAAUUGCUAAGAUAUACGACUCCCCAGAUUUGCCUGAAAGUGAAGCUACUUUUGCCAUAACCAACGGAGGAGUUGCCGAUGCAAAAGAUUAAUUUAUUAAUGUAAUUUAAAUAAACUUUGAUUUUGUUUUCUUAUUUCAUUAUUUAAAAUUAAAACUACCUCUAC